AUGGAGAACCCCGGGUUCGAGAGAUCUAAAGACGACCCUCCACAGUACGAGGAGACGUCUUUCUGCGGAAACGGGUUCAAUAACGGGGAACGGCGAGCCGUGCGGCCGUCUGUGGUCAGUGCUUUUGGGCACAACACCCUGGACCGGGUGCCAAACGUUGACUUUUAUCGUAAUGCGGCGAGCAUCAGCGGACACAGAGUCGUCAGACCUUCCCUACAGGAGCUGCACGAAGUUUUCCAGAAGAAUGGAGGCCUUGAUAUUCCCAGUACGGUCGAGGACAGAGAAGGAGCGGAUACCUCGACGCUGGGCGAUGUGGAGUCCAUCAUCCCGCUGGAAGACAAGGAAGCCGGAGGCAUAGUGAAGUUUGGAUGGAUCAAAGGAGUUCUGGUGAGAUGCAUGCUGAAUAUCUGGGGUGUCAUGCUGUUCAUACGGCUGUCGUGGGUGUUUGGACAAGCGGGAAUAGGUUUGGGGAUAGUGGUUGUGUUGCUGAGCAUUGUGGUGACCAGCGUCACCUGUCUGUCCAUGUCAGCUAUAUGUACCAACGGUGUGGUACGAGGAGGUGGAGCAUAUUAUCUGAUUUCCCGCACUUUGGGACCUGAAUUCGGCAGCUCCAUCGGUCUGAUAUUUGCGUUCGCCAAUGCCGUGGCCGUGUAUGUCGUGGGGUUUGCUGAAACUGUGGUGGAGCUUCUCAAGGAAAGCAACGCUCUGAUAGUGGAUCCAGUGAAUGACAUCAGGAUCAUCGGCUGUAUAACAGUGGUUCUGCUGAUGGGCAUCACUGUGGCGGGAAUGGAGUGGGAGGCCAAGGCUCAGGUAGCUCUGUUGGUGAUCCUGCUGCUGGCCAUUGCCAAUGUAUUUGUGGGAACAGUGAUUCCCUCCACACAGGACAAGCGUUCCAAAGGCUUCUUUAACUAUCGAGGCCUCCGAAAUGCCAUUGUUGACCCUCAGGCAGCUCUUCCCAAAGGAACGCUGCUGGCCAUCUUUAUCACAGGAGUUACGUAUUUGGGCAUCGCGCUGGUUGUUUCUGUGACGGUCGUUCGAGACGCGACAGGGAACCGCAACGACACUAUCCAACCGGGUUUGAGCUGCAACUUCUCCUCGGCCUGUGAUCUGGGCUACGACUUCUCAAUCUGCCAAACCACCAAAUGCAACUACGGCCUCAUGAACAACUUCCAGGUAAUGACUCUAGUAUCUGGGUUCGGACCUCUCAUCACGGCGGGAACGUUCUCGGCCACGCUCUCCUCAGCUCUUGCGUCUCUAGUGAGCGCGCCCAAAGUCUUCCAGGCUCUAUGCAAGGACAACAUCUACAAGGCGCUCAAGUUCUUCGCCAAAGGUCACGGGAAAAACAACGAGCCAAUCAGAGGAUACAUCCUGACCUUCUUCAUCGCUGUAGCAUUCAUCCUCAUCGCUCAGCUCAACACCAUCGCUCCCAUCAUCUCCAACUUCUUCCUGGCUUCAUACGCCCUCAUCAACUUUUCCUGCUUCCACGCGUCAUACGCCAAAUCCCCAGGUUGGAGGCCGGCGUAUAAGUACUAUAACAUGUGGCUGUCUCUGUUCGGAGCCGUGCUCUGCUGUGCCGUGAUGUUUGUGAUUAACUGGUGGGCUGCAUUACUCACCUACGGCAUCGAGUUCUUCCUCUAUAUUUACGUUACCGUGAAGAAGCCAGAUGUGAACUGGGGUUCGUCCACUCAAGCCGUGACGUUCAUAAACGCUGUGAACAACGCUCUGAUUUUAUCUACUGUGGACGAACACAUCAAGAACUUCAGACCCAAGUGUCUCGUGAUGACAGGAUCGCCCAGAACCAGACCGGCGCUGCUGGACCUGGCACAUUCAUUCACUAAGAAUUAUGGGCUGUGUCUGACCUGUGAGGUGUUUGUGGGUGCGCGUGAUAAGAAUCUGCAGGACAUGAGCGCUGCUGUUCAGCAGAUCCAGCAGUGGCUGAACAAGCAGAAGAGAAAAGCCUUUUACACGCCUGUCACCACCGAGAACCUGCAGAGAGGAGCAGAAGCGCUGAUGCAGGCGUCAGGACUUGGCAGGAUGAAGCCGAACACAGUGAUGUUGGGAUUCAAGCGUGAUUGGAGAACCGCCAAACCACAGGAAGUUCAAAGCUACGUGGGAAUUCUGCACGAUGCAUUUGAUUUCGAGAACGGGACCGUGAUAUUGAGAAUCAGUCAGGGGAUGGACAUCUCUCACAUCCUCAAAGCAGAAGAGGAAAUGGAGCGCAUGAUCAUGGAGCAGCAGGCGCUGGAGAUGGAGGAGAAUGACUUUCAGACACAGGGACGCAAAGGGUUCUUCAACAGGUCCAAGAAAACCUCCAAAAAAGAGCUGACCAGCAAAGUCUCUCUGGAUGUUCCUCAGACAUCAGAUCUGGCGAAGAUGAACCAGCGUCUGGUGGAGGCCAGCAGCCAGUUCAAGAACAAACAGGGCAAAGGGACGAUUGACGUUUGGUGGCUGUUUGAUGACGGAGGUCUCACGCUUCUCCUGCCUCAUAUUCUGACCACACGCAAGAAAUGGAGGGACUGCAGACUCAGGAUCUUUAUCGCCGGGCAGCCUGAACGCAUCGAACAGGACAAAGAGGAAAUGCAGGAGCUCCUGAGGAAGUUCAGGAUCAAAUGUGCCGACAUCAAAGUUAUCACAGACAUCAACGUCAGGCCCAGCGCAGAGAGCUGGAAACUCUUCGAGGACAUGAUCGAGCCGUUCCGGAUGCACGAGGGUUCAAAGGAGACGUCGCAGGCUGAAGUUCUGAGGAAAGAACAUCCCUGGAAGAUCACGGAUGCUGAGCUGGACGCCUUCGAGGAGAAGACGAUGCUGCAGGUGCGUCUGAAUGAGCUGCUUCAGGAGAGCUCGAGAGCAGCCAAACUCAUCGUGGUGAGCAUGCCCAUCGCCCGUAAAGGCUCCGUCUCUGAUCAUCUGUAUAUGGCCUGGCUAGAUGCGCUGACAAAGAAUCUACCGCCGACCGUCCUGAUACGAGGAAACCAUCAGAGUGUGCUGACCUUCUACUCCUGA